CUUCCCCGAGGGGCGCGGCGGCCCCGCCAGACCCGCUCCGGCCCCGCAGCUUCCCGGUGGGCAGCGCUGCUCGCCCCAGCCGGGCAUGCGGCCACUGCUGCGGCGGCUUCUCCCCGCGCUGUGCUCGGCGGCGGCCCGAGCCCUGCUCGCCCGGCGGGCCGUGCCCAUGGCGCUGCGGCCGGCGGAGGGAGCGGCGCGGGCCGGGGUCGAUGCCCGCAGCGCGGCCCCGGAGCACGAUGGGCUGGAAAAUAUACAGCAAAAGAAAAUCUUUAAAGAGAAUAUGGAAAAAACACAACAGAGUGAAGAGCCAUGUGCUGCUGAUUCAGUAGAUUCUCUAAUGGCAGAAAUGCCAUUUGUGGACACAGAUAUUGAGGAUGAACAUGCUAUGCUUGCAACUUCUGAACUAAGUAUUAAGAAGAAAAGAAAGCGGACUACUGGAAGGGAAAUUGAAGAAGGCACUGAGAGAAAGAAGAAAAAGAACAAACAGUGUCAGCCAAAUUAUUUCAUUUCUCUUCCAAUUACUAAUCCAAAGAUUACUGGCAGUAUUCAGGCUGUCCAAGAUGCAAUAGUACAAAAGGAUCAAAGGCUUUCCAAAGCAAUGGUUCGCUCUGGCUCAUUGCAUGUCACCAUGUUUGUGAUGCAUUUAUCCAGUGAAGAAGAAAUUAGCAUAGCAGUUGGUGCUCUUUCAGACAGCAAGGUUUUUGUAGAUGAUCUCCUGAAAGGAAAAAGAGUGGAUUUGUCUUUUCAAGGAAUUGAUCACUUCAGAAAUCAAGUUGGAUUUGUGAAUUUGGCAGAAAAUGAUCAUACAGCACUGCUUAAGGAAAUAGCAGAAACUAUGAAAAAGAUAUUUCAAGAAAAGGGGAUCAUGGCAGGAGAAGAAAGAGCUUUUAAACCACAUCUGACCUUCAUGAAGUUGUCAAAAUCAACAGAGCUACGUAAGCAGGUGAAAAAAAUUGACUCUAGUCUGUAUGAAGAUUUCAAAAACCAUUAUUUUGGAGAUGAGAUCUUGCACCGCUUUGAUCUUUGCUCCAUGUUGAAAAAAAAGCAGCCAAAUGGUUACUACUACUGUGAGUCCUCCAUUGUUUUUGGAAAGAGCCAUGAAGCAGACUUAGUAAAGGAAGCUUUACGCAGAGAAACGCAGGCCCUGUUACCCAGACUGAAUCAGAUAAAGGAGCUGUUAACGAGUCCUGAGAUCCGCACAAAAAUUAGCAAAGAACUCUUUGAAGACAGGCACAACUCUAACAGUAAAUGGAAAAGUUGUAUUGACUCUGAGUCUCCAAAUGCAUGACUGUAAAUUGCCAUUGUGGAAUAUCUCAUCAGGUUGUUUAAAGACAAAAUAUUGUGGCAAGAAAUUUUUCAGGUUGGUUUGUUUGGGUUUUUUAACUGAAAAUGUGAAUGGGUAUAAAUGGCUCAUGAGGAAUCAUGCUGAAAUACUUGCACAGAAGGGUUAUAUUUCAUAAUAAUGAAGUAUGGCCACUUCUCAACAUUGCAUUGAAACCUGUUUGAGUGUGCAGGUAUAUGUCAUGACUCCAAAGUAGAAAAUACUGGUUUCAAAUAGAUCUGAGCAAACACUGUGCCCUUCCUUUAUCUUUGUAAAUAAUUCAGUUUUUUUUCUCAUAUACUCCUUCCCUAACAAUGAUGUACAAGUACUAAAAAAUCGGUGGUUUUAAAUACUACAAAAUGUAUAUUUGGGGAAAAAAUUCCUCUUUUAAUUAUCUGCCUUUUGUAUAUGUACUGGCAUUUUGGGUUAGCGUUGUAUGUUUUUUAUUGUUUUUUUAAACGGCACUUGAAUACUUCUAUAGAUGCUGACAUUUAGUUUCUGCUGAUGUUUACACUAAAGCAAGAAUGUUUUAAAUUUCAGUAUGAAAUUCAGGCUCCACUGAUCUCAAUGCCAUACUCUCAUUGGCUUUAAUGGAGUCAGGAUGCUGCAAUUAAGAUUUCUCGUGCAAAUAACAAUAUUCCUUGGGAUAAUAUUUGCCUUUUUACUUUUGUAGAACAGUGUUUUUGUCUUUUGUUUUUGAUGUUCUUCCAUCUCUACCUUCUGCUGCCUGAGGUGGGCUGUCACUUUGCUCUCAUUGUUCCCUCCACACACCUGCAAGAGUCACUGAAGAUUUGGAUAAUGGAUAGAAAAGCAGGAGUAGGUCCAAUAUUUGCAAUUUUUAUAAGCAUUGUCAUAAAAGCUAUAUAAUAUGUUGUGAUUUGUAUCAGAAUUGUGCUGUGUACAACAGCUAUGUGCAUGUUCUUCAUUUGUCUCAAGCACUGUUCAUUUAUCUCAUGUCAGAGCUUUUUUUUCCUCAUUUGAUAUAUAACAGUAUAUUCUGAAACGCAUCUUUUACAUGCUAUGUUCACAAUAAAAUAUUUUUCCUUUGCA